CUCAAACCUUACCUUAUCAACAUAAAUACACACAAUGAACAGAGGUAGAGGCGGAUUCAGAGGUGGCCGCGGUGGCAGAACCGGGCCUUCCCAAUUUCAACAAGGUCCUCCAGACACUGUCUUGGAAAUGGGUACUUUCAUGCAAGCGUGCGAAGGAGAUGUCGUUUGUCGUUCCAUCAACUCUAAGAUUCCUUACUUUAAUGCUCCAAUCUAUUUGGAAAACAAGACUCAAAUCGGUAAGGUUGACGAGAUCUUGGGACCUCUUAACGAAGUUUUCUUCACCAUCAAGCCAUCUGAAGGUGUUCAAGCCGAUUCUUUCAAGGAUGGUGACAAGUUCUACAUUGCCCCAGACAAGUUAUUACCAUUAGAAAGAUUCUUGCCAAAGCCUCCUGUGGUAGGACCAAAGCCAAAGCGUAAGCCUGGUGCUGGUGGUGCCCGUGGUGGUAGAGGUGGCUUCGGUGGCCGUGGUGGUGGCCGUGGUGGUAGAGGUGGAUUCGGUGACAGAGGCGGAAGAGGUGGAUCCCGUGGUGGCUUCGGUGGCCGUGGUGGAUUCGGUGGUGAUAGAGGUGGAAGAGGCGGUAGAGGUGGCUUCGGUGGCCGUGGUGGCUUCGGUGGUGACAGAGGUGGAAGAGGUGGCCGUGGUGGAUUCGGUGGUAGAGGUGGUCGUUUCUAAACUAACCAAUCUGGCCAUUAAAACAUCAACAAUGCACAUACCAUGGAGGGAAUGUACCCUCAUUGUACUGUAACAUCAUCAUUUUUAUUAAACAUUUGUAUAUUGCUUCUAUAAUAAACGCAUG